AUGGAAUCAAAAUCAGAGUGGGGUUCAGGCGUGUGGGCCCACCUUACCACCGUCCGGCAACGAUCGCCGCUGGUUCAGUGCAUCACCAACUUCGUCUCAAUGGAUCUCGUGGCUAACACGCUUUUAUCCGCCGGUGCAUCUCCGGCGAUGGUCCACUCCGUCGUUGAGAUUCCUGAUUUCACGCCUCAUGUUCACGCCCUCUGCGUCAACGUUGGCACGCUUACACCUGACUGGCUUCCCUCCAUGAAAGCUGCCGCAGAACUCGCUUCUAAGCUCGGAAAGCCGUGGGUUCUCGAUCCCGCCGCCGUGAGUUGCUCCCGUUUCCGGUUAAAGGCGUGUUUGGAGCUCGUUGAGCUUAAACCUACUGUUAUCAAAGGAAACGGUUCUGAGAUUAUUGCUCUCUCCUCUGCUUCAACGGGUCAGACUAAGGGUGCUGAUAGCUCUCAUGAAUCUACAGACGCUAUAGAAGCUGCAAAAUCAUUAGCUUUGUCAAGCGGUGCUGUGGUUGCAGUGUCAGGUGCUGUUGAUAUCGUUACAGAUGGGAAACGGGUUAUUGGUGUCCGCAACGGGACAAAGAUGAUGCAAAAGAUCACUGCAACUGGAUGUUCUUUAGCUGGUCUGAUUGCAGCAUUUCUUGCUAUUGAUUCGUUACAGCCACUGGAAGCUACGGUUUCCGCUAUGUCUGUCUUUGGUAUCGCAGGUGAGUUGGGUGAAGCGAUGUCCAAAGGUCCAGCUUCAUUGAGAAUGCAUUUGAUCGACUCUCUUUACGGGUUGGAUGAAACCACAGUUCUUAACCGUGUGAAUAUCACUAGGUUGGGUUGA